CCAUGAAGAUUGCAUGAGCGAGUGAUCAGUGAACAAAACAAGUUCUAAUGACGAGCUAGAAGUUCAAUUAAGCGUUCAUUUUGGUACCAUGGCUACAGCAUUCAGUACAGAUGGGUCGGAGGUCAUCCAGAGGUCACUGGAGGUCAACACUGUUGAAAAGUCCUCAUCUGAGAAUGCCCUACUAACGUCCUUUGAGAUUCCUCAGUGUGUGGACUUCAUCCAGAAAAAUUCAUAUCAAAGGGUUGCGUUGCAGUUUCCGGAUGAGCUUUUAUCAGAUGCAGCAUCAGUCAUUGGCAUUCUACAGAAAGAGACCGAUGCUGCAGUCUUUAUUCUUGCAGAUACCUCAUAUGGAAGCUGUUGUGUGGAUGAGGUUGCAGCUCAACAUGCCAAAGCAGACAGCAUCAUUCAUUUUGGCAAGUCGUGUCUCAGCCCAACAUCGAGGCUCCCUGUACUUUACGUCUUCGGUCAUCGAGCCCUUGAUGAAGACAAAUGCUCUGGUGUCUUUCAGGAAUUCUUUGGUGGUGGUGGUGCUUCCCAGCCUGUUGUAGUCAUGUAUGACGUUGUGUUUUCACACUGCAUAGAUUCCCUUGCGAGAAGAUUCCAGGAGAUUCAUCCACAGGUUGUCAUAUCAAGACUCGUAGACCCCGGAGUCUUCACCGAUGUACCAACUCAGAAAUCCCAAAACUCAAAUGGUAACGCCUCCACUGAUGAAGGAACAGAUGUGGACCUCGCUCUGAUGUCCAACGCACACACAUUCUGUCAAUUUGGACGUAGGUUUACAAUCGCGAGUCAACAGUCGCUCGAUGAUUAUGCUGUGUUCUACAUUGGUUCCAAUCAGAGUGCAACUCUUACCAACCUCAUGAUGACAUAUAAUAAAUGUCCGUUCUUCACCUUUGACCCUAAGAAACAGCACGGACAACGGGAAACGCUGAACGUCAACAGAGCCCUGAUGAAACGGUUUUACAUGAUUGAGAGGGCGCGAGACGCUAAUGUUGUUGGCAUUGUGGCUGGAACCCUUGGCGUUAGGGAUUAUCUGACAGUCAUAAACCAACUCAAAACUCUCCUUAAAAAGGCGGGGAAAAAGACAUAUACAUUUGUGGUCGGGAAACUCAACGUUGCCAAGCUGGCAAACUUCAUGGAGGUUGAUAUUUACGUCUUAGUCUCAUGCCCGGAAAACAGCUUGAUCGACUCGCAGGAGUUUUACAAGCCCGUUGUUACGCCAUUCGAAAUGGAAAUUGCUUGCAACAGAGCAAGGGAAUGGACAGGAGACUACGUAACAGACUUCAGGCAACUAUUACCAGGUGCUUCUAAACAUGUUGAGCUUCCAUCUGAUGAUUCUGGUCCAGACUCAACCGCAGAUGUCUCACUAAUAACUGGUAAAGUGAGAUCCAUGAAGACAGCCGAGGACAUAUCUGGAGAAUCUACAACUGCUGUGAUGAGAAGGGAUGAGGACAUGACUGUUAGCACAGUGCAUACUAAUGCCGGUGAAUUCUUGGCAGGGAGGUCUUGGCAGGGCUUGGAGCAGCAACUUGGACAAACACCAGUCACUAAAGCCACAGAGGGAAGAAGAGGAAUUGCAGCCAGCUACAGCGAAGAAAAUAGCUAAUAGCUAACAAUAAGUUAGCGAUAACAAUAACAGUUUAUGCUGCCAACUCUCCCUGAUUGUGCAGAAAGUUCAAUGAAAAUAAACAUGUCUUCUGACAAAACGUUGAGACCAAUUCAACAACUGACUCCGUGGUAGUACAGUUAAUUACAAUCCUAUAAGCUAAAGUAGUA